UAAAAAGCUUGUACACGCUCUGGCUUAGCACAGUAUACCUUUCAACUGAGAAGUAUUGUCUUUGAAGAGUGCAAUUUAGCAACUGUCUAGCUGUCAUGAGCCACAGUCUGUGCCCAAACAAGACCAACUGCUCCAUGACAGAGAGAGAGGAAGGAGAAAUGAAUAUUGUGGUGAUGCUGAGGCUCAUAAUGGCCAGCAUGAGUUUUCUGGGAGCUAUGUCAAUUAUAGCAUCAGCCAUUUACAGAAAGACUGUCUGCAGCCCUAAGGUACAACCAAUUUUUAUUCUCUCUAUUGUGGAUGCUCUGUUGAGUGUCCUAUGGAUGAGCGGUUCAGUGGUGUGGCUGAAGAGAGGAGCUAACACCCAGAAUGGCUCUAGUCUUGGAUGCUUUGCCAUCAAUCUGCUGACUGUAAUUCUGCAAUGUACGGCAAUGAAUAUGACGCUGAUAUAUGCCCUCCUGGCAUACUCCAGUAUUAAACACAGAAGUGUUUAUAUGGUGCAACAAACACCAGUUUCUGUCCACGUGUGGCAUCCCUUUCGUACAUUGCUCUCCUACCUGACUGCCUGGAGCCUGCCUGUCGCACUGGUUCUUUCUCCGUUUUCAGUAUUAUCAGUGAAGUAUGGACUGAUCCAGAAGGCCACCGACUGUGCCUGCUGGUGUUUACCGUUUUAUGGAAAUGGUUUGCCACGACUACAGUUGGGUUCUGUAAACAGUGUGGGGGAAGAGGACUACAAGCUACUCCUACACCAUUUCAUAUCUUCCUACUCUGUAGUCCUGAUUGCCAACUUUGCAAUCGUCCUGUGUUCCCUGGCAGCAGUCUAUAUUCGAGUUUUCCUUCGCAUUAGACAAAUAAAGAUGAUGCAAGCACAAGCUGAGGGUGUGCCUCUCCGAGGAGCCAAUCAGGCCAUGAUUGUUGCUGGACAAAAAGAUGCUCAGACACGAGUCACCCUAUUCCUCUCCAUAUACUUUCUGUCGGGAAUCAUCACGUUUGCCUUUGGAGUUGCCAACCUAGCUACACAAAGAGAACAGACACAGCAUCACCAUCAUAAUCAUCAGCAUACAGCAAGAACCUUGGAAAAGUAUUACACUUUUCUUCUCUUCGAGGUAUACUGUAGAAAGUAAUAGUGCUCAAUCUGAUGUUUCUCAGGCUGUGCUAGUUCCCAUACAAGGUUUCCUGAAUGCUUUGGUCUACGGCUGGACCCGAAGCGACUUUGUCAGCGUCAUGACAUCAAAAAAGAUCAGCUCCCCAGCCCCAAUGUCCCUCUCUCUCCCCUAUGGCACCAUGGAGAGACAGAUCAAGGACAUGGACGAGGAUAAUGUUGAAGAGCUCCAUGAGGGACCGUCGAGAGACGAUGAUUCAAUGUCUCCAGUGUCCCUAGGUUCCUUUCUAGGAGAGGAUCAUCAAUAAUUGCUAAUUGCAAAAACCUACAUCGCGCGUUCAGGUGUGCGCAAACGGUUCAAUCUGCGAAUGCGCAGUGUUUCUUCGGCGCGGAUCGGACACACCCCUCAACCCAAUUAGAGCUCACCGUUGCAGAGGGGAGAUCGAGAUAGAUGGAGCUGUCGUCAGACGUCCAGCGAGGCCUGCAGGCAGCCGGAUCCGGGGUCCUAACUGAACAAGUUUUUGAGAAACUAGUUCGUCAGGCUGUUAUCGACAGCAUCAGUCCUGGAGAUACCAGCGAUUUGACGAGCGUCACCGAGGUAGACCAAGCCGUCCUGAAGGAGGCGCAUGCGUCACUCAUGACCCUAGCUCUAGAAGCAGCCAGAACUGACUCUGACAGUGCCAUUGUCAGUACUGCUCUAGAAGAGUGCAAAUUUGCUCCAGAAAGGAUAAAAGUGUUCACUGCCACAUAUGCUGAGAAUAAAGCAAAGAUAAGAGCAUCGUUGGGAAGGGUUGGGAGUACCGUUCCACAUGUGGUGGAUGUCAACUGGAGACUCGACUACUACAUCAAGAGCAAUCACCUUGACAGAGUGAACAAGCCAGUCUACCUCAUUGAACUUAGAACAGAGCAAGGGGAAGAACAGGGCAAGGUUCAGUUCUCCUGCACACAAGAGGAACUGCAGGACUUGGUGUCAAAGUUAAAAGACGCGUCCAAGAGUUUAGAGAAAUUUAGCCAAAAGCACUGAUCACUUUUUCUUAUGUGUGUGGACAAUAGAUUCUGUUUUACAUUUCGUGCUAUAUAUAUAUAAUAAGAGAGUCAAUCAGUCUGUUAUACAGGUGAUAGAUUUUUAUAACUAUGGUUUUGUUUGAAUCAGAACAGCCGAAGGAACCAAACCUAAUUCUUUCAGGGUCUUCCUCAUGUCGGCAGGUGAGAAGAUCUUCUUGGGGAAGUUGGUCAUG